UCACCUCCUUUUGUUUUCUAUGCUCUCUUUCUUUUUAUUUUCUUCCUCUUCUUCUUUUUCUUAUCUUCUUUUUAAUUUGACUAAUACUAUUCUAUCAAUAGUAUAGUGUGAUACCCUCUUCUCUUUUUUUGUUUUUCUAUACUAGCAAUGAUAGAGUUUGAAAAUGUUAGUUCUUAUCGAUCUACACCAUCAGAAAAUUUGGAUACCAUUGUUGAAAAAGAAUCGACUUUUUAUAAACCAUCUAGUAGUUUUAACCAUACAGUAAAUAUUACUAAUCGACAAACAUCAAGACAUUUAACACAAUCAGCAGCUUAUCAACAACAACAACAAUCUCGUUUACAACAAUAUCAUUCUCAAUCACCAGUUUAUGUACAUAAACCUGCCUUUUCUUUGGAUGAAUUUGAUCUUUUAGAUAUUCUUGGUAACACCCCCCAAAAAAAAAUUAAGGAGAAAUGUAUUACUUAUGCAAUUAUGUUAUUUGUUUGGAUUAGGAACGGGUACCUUUGGUCGAGUCUAUCUUACCAAAUUCAAAACAACCAACAAGUUUUAUGCAAUGAAAGUGUUGAAGAAAUCUGAAGUGGUACGAUUAAAACAAGUGGAACAUAUUUUAUCAGAAAAACGUAUUUUGGCCAAUAUUCGAUUCCCUUUUAUUGUCGAUUUAUUUUGUACUUUUCAAGAUGAUCAUAAUCUUCAUAUGUUAUUGGAAUAUGUAGUUGGUGGCGAAUUAUUCACUCAUUUACGGCGUGCUGGUCGAUUCACCAAUGAUAUGACUCGUUUUUAUGCAUCUGAAAUAGUACUUGCUAUUGAAUAUCUUCAUGCUAAAAAUAUCAUUUAUAGGGAUCUCAAACCAGAAAAUCUCUUAAUUGAUCAUCAAGGUCAUAUCAAAAUCACUGAUUUUGGAUUUGCAAAGACUGUUCUUGAUAGAACAUGGACAUUAUGUGGUACACCUGAAUAUCUUGCUCCAGAAAUCAUUCAAAGUAGAGGUCAUGGUAAAGCAGUGGAUUGGUGGGCUCUUGGCAUUCUCAUUUUUGAAAUGUUGGCUGGUUACCCUCCUUUCUUUGAUGAUAAUUCUUUUGGUAUUUACGAAAAAAUCUUGGCAGGCAAAGUUCAAUUCCCAGCUCAUUUUGAUCCUUUGGCCAAAGAUUUAUUGAAACGACUUUUAGUAGGUGAUCGAAGUAAACGACUUGGUAAUUUAAAGUCUGGAUCCGAGGACGUCAAACGACAUAAAUGGUUUAGAGGAGUAGAUUGGCUUGGUCUUUUGGAUAAAUCUGUACGAGCACCCAUCAUUCCUCCUUAUCAUCAUCCUGGAGAUACAGGCAACUUUGAAAAAUAUACAAUCGACCUGGAAGAAGACAAUGACAAUCGACAACAACAAUCUGGUGAUCCUUAUCAAUCCUUAUUCCUUGAUUUUACUUGAUCAUUCUCCCCCUUUUCUUCUCCUCUUUAGUUUAUUUCUUCCAUUGUUAUUCCCCCCCUUUUAUUCCAUAAUCAUUCAUUAUAUUAUAUAGAUGAUAGAAUCAUAUCAAAAAUUAAAAAAAUGCAAAAAAGUAAAAAAAAAA